AUGGCGGAGGAGAUGACGCCGUCUGUGCCGUGGGGGCUGGAUCCGAUGCUGGAUGCACCGGUUCGGAUCUUGGUGGGACAGGCGCUGCAACUCAAACUCUGGACUGAGCAUGAUGGGGAAAAUGUGCCGUCCGUGCACAGCCAAGCCCAAGCGCCGCAGCUGCAGCUCUGGCGGUUGGGAACCCACGCCGUGCUUCGCAUCGCCAUCAUGGGCUACAUUGUCAACUACAAUGAUCGAGCCCGCGUUCGCAUUUAUCACGGUAUGCCUCCUCGUGCCACAGGCCAUGUCUACCAAAGGGCGUGCCAGGCCAACACCGUCGCCGCCACGCUGACCCGCUUCCAUCAUCGAGCUGCUGCAGUGGAUGAUGGGACCGGCGUGUUGCCCUGUGUGACGUUUCGACGCAAUGACCAGGACGAUCGCCCACAGUUUCACCUCCCCGUCGGCCAGCUCGUGCUGGCCCGCGGUCGCCUCAACGUGUUUGACGACGUCAAGCAAAUGGUCUUGGAUGGCAUCCAUGCAGAGGAGGAUUGCAACGAGGAAUGGCAAUUUUGGCAGGAGACCGAGGAAGCCCAUCGGGCCGUGUACAGCCAGCCCAUCAACCCAGCGGUACCAGCUGCUCCACUCCAUCCCCGCCCCGGUCCAAGCUUUGAGCCGCUCAUCCGCGCACCUAUGCGCCCACAGCUCGCCAAAUUGGUGUCUCCUCGGGCAGCACAGGCCCAGCAGCAGCAACAAAGCAAACUAAGGGAACGCAUAUUGGCCUUUGCCCAAACGCGACCCGGGACAUUUUUCACUCCCGCAGAGGCCCGUGCAGCCUUGGAUCGCCCAAUCACAGCCACCAUCUUUGAUGUUCAGCGUAUUUGCGACGAACUUGCGCACAAGGGCCAGUUCCAAGCUCAAUUGCCGCUCAGCGACAAUGGACCACUGCACGACGCAACACGGCGCGCUCACACACAUGCGCGCUAGCAAAGGAACACGUGCGACAGAUGUUAGCGUUUCGUGUAUGUUUUUGGUGAGAAGGCCCUCAUCUUGAACACUUGAUGGUCUGCCCCGGCCCGUAGAUGGCCUUUCGUUCUCUGCCCUCAUCACGAGCCUGCGUGACAUGAGGGGCACGGCCAAUCUUGCGUCCACGAUUCUCAAGGAAACCCUCAAUCGCCUCGAGCAGAAUGGUGAUGUGUUCCAGGUCCGAUCCUCCGAUCUGCGCCGUGCCAGAGGCAACGAGCUUGGCCAAUGGCAGGAAAGAAAGAGAGAGAAGAGAGAAGAGAGAAGAAGAAGAGAGAAGAGAGAAGAAGAAGCACAACAACAACAACAACAACAAUAAAGAUGAACAAUGGUGCCUCACGUUUG